CGCCUUGUUGAUUUUUUAAAAAUCAAAACAACGUGCGAAUUUCAUUAAAACCAACCAAAAAUCCAAAUCAGCUCCUAUUGUGAAAAUUCAAACUUCUAACGAUAGAAGAACCCACAGGGAUCAGUAAAAAUGGCACCACCAAAGGCUAGACUGCACAAGGGCACCGGCAAACUUAAGUCUAUUCCGACACCGAGUCCUCUGUCCUCGCACAGCAGACCAUCAUCAUCAACGGCAGCAGCAUCCUCUACCAGCAGUAGCAAUGGACAGUCCAGUGGAACAGAACCGACUGAAUCCAACAUCCAGUUCGAGCUGGAACUGUACUGGUGUGUUCAGCAACUCGAAAACAGCCUCAACGCUCCCCAUAUACGAGAGAAUAAUAAGAAAGUUGAAGACACACUCAAACUAAUUAACACCUUGAAAUCUCCAAACCAACCGCUGAUUAAAAAGCGCCAAAUUAUGCGUUCCAGUUUUGGAGAUUACCGUAAGAAGAUGGCCGAUGAAGAGGCAAAACUGGCCUUGCGGGCCGAUAGUCUUGGGUUCGAUGCCCCCAAAAAGAAAGCCAAGUAUCACUUUGUAAAGAAAGCUGCAAUACUAACCGAAGAUAAAACUUUUCGGUUCAAUUUCUCCAACAUUCAACUCGAGGACAACGAAAGCAAAACUGAUGACGCUGGAUCAGAAAAACGGGAGGAACCAAAAUCGACAAUUACGAAAAUUGAUCCUUGCUACCAAUCAGAUAACUCUUUUAGGUUUAACUUUAACUUGCCAGAAUAGAAAAUAAAAAGACUUGAAACGUUGGAUUUUAGUGAUAUUUUAUUGAACCUUCAAUGACGUUUGGGUUAGUUUACAUUCCAUAAGUAGUGCAACUCGUUAUUUUAGUGCUAAUCAGUUUGAACUAUAAUGUGACGGAUGGAAAGUGGAUAAUAGUAAGAUUUCAUCCGUAACAUUAUCCAUCUUUCAGAAAUGGUUGCUAAACAUCGCACUUGACAAUAAAAGACCAUAUUCUAAAAAUUUAAUUUAUAUCAAAAUUUAUCGCAGCAAUAUGUA